CAGGCCAUUGGGAGAGACUUCUGGGAUGCUGGCGGAAUGUGAGGCGGGGAUUCCAGUGACCCAGGUGUUGGUCCAGUGUUCGAGGGUCGUGUAACCCGUCCGUUAUCUCUUCUUUGCUAUAUUAACUAAAGCUAUAAUCAGUUUUAACUGGCGUCUCGGCUUGAGGGGCUUACAUUUAGCUUUCGAGUAUUCAUUGCUUCCCUUAACGCUGCAUGCAGCAGUGUGGAGACUCUCUUGACGGAAGUGAGUCUGUUAGAGUAGUUUGUCCUUUCUGUGGUUAUUAUUAGUGCUAUAACGUGAGACACAAUGGGGAUUCGGACGAGCAUCGGUUUGAUUUGUCUCGUAGCAUUUGCAAUUGUGGCAGCCGAGAACGAAGAAAGCCAAGAAAGUGUGAUCGAACAGUUGGUUGUGGAGACAUUGGUGAUGCCGGACACAUGCACGAUUACAUCAACGAUGGGAGACACCCUUCAAAUCCACUACACGGGUCGAUUAAUGGACGGGAAGGUGAUUGACACCUCUCUGUCUCGUGAGCCUCUGGUCGUAGAGCUGGGGAAGAGGUCUGUCAUCACAGGCCUAGAGCAAGCCCUGGUUGGAGUAUGUGAAGGACAAAAAAUCAAGGCCAUGAUUCCGGCUCAUCUAGCAUAUGGAAAGAGAGGAUACCCUCCAACCAUUCCAGGAGACAGUUCACUAGAGUUUGAGGUGGAAGUGAUCUCUCUGUCCCAGCAAACCCCCUGGCAGAAGUUGGUUAAUGAUGUUCUUCCCCUGGUGUGUUUGGCACUGGUUCCAACUCUACUGGGCUUGGUGGGCCUCUACCUCUACAACAAAGCAAAUGCACAACCUCAAGGAAAGAAGAAGAGCAAAGACAAGAAAAGCAAGAAGAAAUGAGAUCAAAGCCAAAAAUAAUAAACUAUUUAAAUAAAAAAUGAUAAAA